AUGGCGGAACGAAGUUGCUCACCUCAUGGUGAGCAGGAAGGAGAAGAAAUGGGGUUUGAAAGACCCAUUUUACUAACACCAUCUCUGGGAGCUGGAAAGCGACUUGGGCAGGAGGGAAACGAUCCUGACAACCAGGACGACAGCUCCCAGGCGACAGUGUACCCAGGAUCUCAGCAGAAACCACAGGGUUCAAAACGCGAAGCUUCCAUCAGAAACCCCGAGACACCCCCUCCCCCCACGGCUCCUCCGGGCAAGCUCGCGGCUUUGGAAAGCAGCAACAGAUAUUCCGGAGCAGGGGGCGGCACUCCAGGAAUGUGUGGGGCCCGGCGGGGUCUCCCCGCAGCCUACAGGGAGCCCCGACCCGGAGCAGCUCCGGCGCACAAGAACCCCGACUCCAGGCCCCCGKGGGGAAAACGGGUGGUUUGCGCAAAGUGCCCCUACCCCACCCCCACGGUGCAGACACAAGACCGCGGAGGCGAGGGGAAAGCCCGAAGAAAAAACCCGCAUUCCACUCCGCCCGCCUCCGGAGCCGGGCCGCAGGGAGGCUGGGCGCCCGCCCCGGAGGCAGGGGCCGCACCGCAGCCCGGCCGCCGCGCUGAGCGAGGGCUCGCCGCGAGAGCAGGAGCCCCUGCGMUUCGCCCAACCGGUCCUCCGCAGCGGGUUCACCCCCUCCCCAGGACUCUCGAAGAAACGCGAACAAUGAGAAGCCGCCUCCCCCGCCAUCCCCGAGGCCAGCACGACCGGGGGCGGCGGCGCCAUCUCCCCUCACGCCCCCGCGGACACACACCCCCCCCUUCCGGGCGCGGGGCCGCCGUCAAGCGCCGGCACCCGGCCGAGCGGACGCGCGUCCCAGCCCGCCGCUCCCGCGCCCUUCGCCUCGCCGCCCGCCCCACUCACCGGCUCCUACCCCAGCCCGGGGCUCCGCUGGCCGCGGCCGGAGCGAGACUCAGGUAUCAGCCGCCGCGGCCGCCGGCGCCGCCGCACAAUAUGGCGAGCCUCGGCUUCCGCAAUGGAGCUCGGGAAAUACAACAGGGGCCGCUCAAUAUUCAUGAGAGACGGAGGGGAAGCCGGCUCGGCCGGCGCUACGGGGAGGGCGGGAAGAAGCGAGUGAGGGAGGAGGCGGAGGCGCGGGACGGGGACGUGCACGGCGCGGGGAGGCCCGCGGCGCGAGGGGAGGGGGCGCCGCCGCGUGCUGGCCAGGACGGCCUGGGCGCCGCGCCCCGCCCCGGUCGGCGCCCCGCCCCCGCCUCCAGGCCCCGCCCCCGCGCCCCCCCCCCCCGCCCCCGGCGCCCCCCGCGGCCCGUCGCAGCCCCAGGGCUACGCCUGGUGACGGCGGCGCCACCUUGUCCUCAGUGUGCACUCUCUCCGAGUUCUCAUCCCUAG